AUGGCUCAGACUCUAACGCAAGUCCGUGAAUGGAACGCGGCUCUGAAGUCCACACGGCCGGAAAUGGUGGCCCUCUUUGUCGGAGGUACCAGUGGCAUCGGAGAACACACUGCCAUCAACUUAGCCGGCGCGGUUAAGAAACCGACUAUCUACAUUAUCGGUCGCAAUGAAGCUGCGGGCACUCAAGUCGUCGACGCGAUGAAAAAUGCCAACCCGGAUGGUACUUAUGGAUUCAAGGCUGUUGAUAUGUCCAACCUUCGCAACGUAGACGAAGCCUGUGAGGAACUGAAAACUCGCUUUAAAGCUUUGGACCUCUUAUUCCUCUCUGCUGGAGCUAUUUCUAUCAGCAAGAAUGAGACGGCUAUCGGCAUCGAUGUCAACCACAUGACUCGAUACUACUCUCGUAUGAGAUUCGUUGAGAACCUAAUGCCUGCCCUCGAAGCCGCAACCAGCCCCCGCGUGAUCAGCAUCUUAGCUGGCGGCAAGGAAAUCAUGAUUGAGGAAGACAACUUGGACUUGAGCAAGAAAUUUUCUCUUUCGGAAGCCAAUGGCUACCCAGCAUCCAUGACCUCGCUGGCAUUUGAGGUUCUUGCAUCGCAACACCCAUCCGUUAGCUUCCUCCACGUGUUCCCGGGUCUUGUGUCUACGCCACUCAUGAAAAAGAGUAUGGGAUCCGUGCUGGGUACAAUUUUAGGGUUCUUGACCAUGCCAAUGUCUAUUUCGGCCAAGGAGAGUGGUGAAUGGCAGACAUGGCUAUCGACUUCGCCUAAUUUUGUACCGAAGAACUCUGGUCAGGGUGCAUAUAUCGUCAACCACGAUGGCAAGGAUUCGACCAACCAAUCUCUGAUGGCUCAACUGCGAGAGAAGGGAUUCCCGGAAAUUGUUUGGAAGCAUACGCAGGAUAUUUUUACUCGGGCUCUUAAGUAG